AUGGUGAAUUUUACACAUGUCUCAGAGUUUGUUCUACUUGGAUUCCAAGGGGGUCCCGGAAUGCAGGCAAUGCUAUUUCUGAUUUUUCUGAUCCUCUAUGGCAUAGCUGUGGUGGGAAACCUUGGCAUGAUUGUAAUUAUCUGGGUAGAUGCACACCUCCACACCCCAAUGUAUGCCUUCCUGCAAAGCCUUUCAUUGUUGGACAUCUGCUAUUCUUCCACAAUUGCACCCAGGGCUCUGGUGAACUCCGUGCAAGAGGACCACACGGUUUCCUUUGGCGGGUGUGCUGCUCAGUUCUUUUUCCUGUCUCUCUUUGGUACCACGGAGGCUUUCCUCCUGGCUGCCAUGGCCUAUGACCGCUUCACCGCCAUCUGCAACCCUCUUCUGUACUCUGUGAGCAUGUCUCACCGGGUCUGUGUGUUGUUCAUAUCAGGAUCCUACUUGUGGGGUGUAGUCAAUGCUGUUGCUCAAACAACCAUGACCUUCAGGUUGCCUUUCUGUGGGUCCAAUGAGAUCAACGACUUUUUCUGUGAUGUCCCCCCACUCUUGUCCCUCUCAUGUUCGUCUACGUUUAUAAACCAACUGGUUCUUCUUGGUUUAUGUGGCUCCAUUAUUGUCAGUACCUUCUUGAUUGUCCUGGUCUCAUACAUUUGCAUCGUCUCAACAAUUCUGAGGAUCCCGACCACGCAGGGACGCCAGAAAGCCUUCUCCACGUGCACCUCCCACCUGACAGGAGUGUGCUUGUUUUUUGGUACCGUUUUCUUCAUGUAUGCACAACCCAGUGCCAUCAUCUUCAUGGAGCAAAGUAAAAUAGUGUCCGUAUUCUACACUGUCGUCAUCCCCAUGCUGAACCCCCUGAUCUACAGCCUGAGGAACAAAGAGGUCAAGCAGGCUGUGAGACGGAGCAUGCGGAAGCUGUCUUUGUGA